AUGUCCUCCCCAUCGAAUCCCAAGGGACUCAAUCCAGGAGCUCCUAAUAUCUCCUACUACACGCCCUCUCAUGCUUCCAACCCGGGUACCCCAUUCAUCCCUUCACCCGAUACGCCGACACUCUUCACCCCCCUGAAAGUCCGCUCGAAAACUCUGAGGAAUCGCAUCAUCGUCGCCCCUAUGUGUCAAUACUCAACGGCCUCUUCAGGCCCUGAUAUUGGGAAACUGACAGACUACCACAUCGCAACGCUCGGUCAUUACGCCUUGAAGGGUGCUGCGUUAGUGUUCAUCGAAGCGACAGGCGUCCAGCCCAACGGACGUAUUAGUCCUCAUUGUCCUGGGCUCUGGAGUGACGCCCAGACGGAAGGUGUCAAGCGUGUUGCGGAAUUCAUCAAAUCUCAAGGCUCACUGGCCGGCAUUCAACUCGCACACGCGGGACGGAAAUCAAGUACUGUUCCUCCCUGGAUCGCUGCGACAUUCAAGAGAUCCUCGAUGCGUGCGGAUGAAGAUGUAGGUGGAUGGCCUGACGAUGUGGUUGGGCCGAUGGGAGGUCUCGAGGAGACCUGGGAUGGCAAAGGUCUGGCGGACGACGGAGGAUUCUGGCCCCCAAGACAGCUGACCGUCGCCGAGAUCCAGGAGACAGUCAAGGCGUUCGCUGAGAGUGCCCGAAGAGCAGUCGAGGCUGGAAUUGACGUGAUUGAAAUUCACGCCGCGCAUGGCUAUCUGAUUCACCAAUUCCUCAGCCCGGUCUCCAACAGACGCACCGAUCAAUAUGGCGGCAGCUUCGAGAACCGUACGCGUCUGCUAACCGAAGUCAUUGAGGCGGUGCGCGCACAGAUCCCAUCAGACAUGCCUUUAUUCCUCCGCGUCAGCUCGACGGAAUGGCUGGAGGAGACGGAGCUCGCCAAGAAGCUGGGAAGCUGGGACGUGGAGAGCACAAUUAACCUCGCUCGUCUUCUCCCAGGCCUGGGAGUGGAUCUUCUCGAUGUCAGCAGUGGGGGAAACCAUCCUCUUCAAAGAAUCAAUAUGUUUGCGUCCAAGGAUUACCAGACCAAGAUCGCGAAUCAGAUUCGACAGACAAUGAAAGCCGCCAAACUCAAACUUCUCAUUGGGGCCGUCGGACUCAUCACCGAGGCGGAACAGGCGAGGGAUAUCGUUGAAGACGGACCGGAUAGAGGCAUCGACGACGAGGCUGCGGCAGCUAAAGAAAUGACGGAUGCGAAGCGCGGUGGUGGGGAGCCGAUGGCAGAUGUGAUUUUGGUGGCGAGGCAGUUUAUGAGGGAGCCCGAGUGGGUGUUGAAGGUGGCGUGGAAGUUGGGUGUGGACGUGGCCUGGCCGAGUCAGUUCUUGAGGGUGAGAUUUCCUAAGCUGUGA